CGGAUCUACGGCGGCUGCAUCCGACCGGAGGGGGGCCGCGCCUAGCGUGAACCCCGAUCCUUCUCUGGGACUGGGGCCCAGCGCCCUGGAGGAAGGCGUCGCGGGCGCUCUGUGAGCCAAGUUCGAGGCGGGGGAGGCAGCCUAGGGCGCGCCCGGCUUCUCCGGGGGGGGAGGGCCGGCGCGCAGAUGGCCACUCAGGUGGAGCCGCUGCUGCCGGGGGGCGCCCCGCUCUUGCAGGCCGAAGAGCAUGGUGGACUGGUGAGGAAAAAGCCGCCGCCAGCUCCCGAGGCCAAGGGCGAGCCCGGGGCGAACGACGUCGGCGGGGGGGAGCCGGACGGUGGCGUCCGGAGACCCCGGCCGCCCUGCGCCAAGCCACACAAGGAGGGCACCGGGCAACAGGAGCGCGAGAGCCCCCGGCUGCCGCAGCUACCGGGUGCCGAGGGCCUGGCGGUCAGUGACGGGGAGGAGGGCGGCGGCGGCGAGCCGGGAGCCGGCGGAGGAUCCGCGGGCGCCGGCCGCCGAGACUUCGUGGAAGCCCCCCCGCCCAAGGUGAACCCGUGGACUAAGAACGCGCUGCCGCCGGUCCUGACCACCGUGAACGGACAGUCCCCUCCAGAACAUUCUGCUCCGGCCAAAGUGGUGAGGGCAGCUGUUCCUAAACCCCGCAAAAGCAGCAAGGUUGGUGACUUUGGAGAUGCAAUCAACUGGCCCACACCUGGAGAGAUAGCCCACAAAAGUGUGCAGCCACAGUCCCAUAAACCUCAGCCUACUCGUAAGCAGCCACCCAAGAAGGACAUGAAGGAACAGGAGAAAGGAGAGGGGAGCGACAGUAAGGAAAGCCCGAAAACCAAAUCAGAUGAAUCUGGGGAGGAGAAGAAUGGGGAUGAGGACUGCCAGCGAGGCGGGCAGAAGAAGAAAGGGAACAAACACAAGUGGGUUCCAUUGCAAAUAGACAUGAAGCCUGAAGUACCCAGAGAGAAACUGGCCUCACGCCCUGCUCGCCCACAGGAGCCAAGACAUAUACCUGCCAACCGAGGGGAGAUCAAAGGGUCUGAGCCUGCCACCUACGUUCCCGUGCCUGUGGCCCCCCCCACCCCAGCCUGGCAACCAGAGACCAAACCGGAGCCUGCCUGGCAUGACCAGGAUGAGACAUCGAGUGUGAAGAGUGAUGGGGCUGGUGGGGCGCGGGCUUCCUUCCGUGGCCGUGGACGGGGGCGUGGUCGCGGCCGGGGACGCGGCCGGGGUGGUACUCGAACCCAUUUUGACUACCAGUUUGGCUACCGAAAGUUUGAUGGUGCAGAGGGGCCUCGUACCCCCAAGUACAUGAACAACAUCACCUACUAUUUCGACAACGUCAGCAGCACUGAGCUUUACAGUGUGGACCAGGAGCUGCUGAAAGACUACAUCAAGCGCCAGAUUGAAUACUACUUCAGCGUUGACAAUUUAGAGCGAGACUUCUUCCUGCGACGGAAAAUGGAUGCUGAUGGUUUCCUACCCAUCACCCUUAUUGCUUCCUUCCACCGAGUGCAGGCCCUUACCACUGACAUUUCACUCAUCUUUGCGGCCCUAAAAGACAGCAAGGUGGUAGAGAUUGUUGACGAGAAAGUUCGUAGGAGGGAGGAACCUGAGAAGUGGCCUCUUCCUGGUCCCCCAAUAGUGGAUUAUUCGCAAACUGAUUUCUCCCAGCUUCUUAACUGCCCUGAGUUUGUCCCCCGCCAGCACUACCAGAAGGAGACAGAGUCAGCACCUGGCUCUCCACGUUCAGUCACCCCAGUGCCAACCAAAACGGAGGAGGUCAGCAACCUAAAGACUCUGCCCAAGGGCCUAUCUGCCAGCCUGCCUGAUUUGGAUUCUGAGAACUGGAUUGAAGUGAAGAAGAGGCCUCGCCCUUCCCCAGCACGGCCCAAGAAGUCAGAAGAACCCAGGUUUGCCCACCCGAUCUCUCUGCCUCAGCAGCUACCCUCCCAUCAGCUGAUGUCCAAGGAUCAGGAUGAGCAAGAGGAACUGGAUUUCCUGUUUGACGAGGAGAUGGAGCAGAUGGAUGGGAGGAAGAACACCUUCACCGCCUGGUCUGAUGAGGACUCUGACUAUGAGAUUGAUGACCGGGAUGUCAACAAGAUCCUCAUUGUCACCCAGACACCACCUUACAUGCGCCGGCACCCAGGGGGGGACCGUACAGGCAAUCAUACCUCACGUGCCAAGAUGAGCGCCGAGCUGGCUAAGGUCAUUAAUGAUGGCCUUUUCUACUAUGAGCAGGACCUGUGGACUGAGAAGUUUGAGCCUGAGUACUCCCAGAUCAAGCAAGAAGUUGAGAAUUUCAAAAAAGUCAACAUGAUUAGCCGGGAACAGUUUGACACACUGACCCCUGAACCCCCUGUGGAUCCCAACCAGGAGGUUCCUCCUGGGCCACCUCGGUUCCAGCAAGGUGAGGGGCAGUCACUUGAGAUCCUGACGUGGGUGAAAAGGUCUGGAGUACACAGGUUGGAGAGUUUUCCUUACAUGCUAAAACCCCUCUCUGUCUCUAUAGUUCCCACUGACGCCCUGGCCAACAAGUUGUUUGGUGCUCCUGAGCCCUCCACCAUUGCCCGCUCUCUACCAACCACUGUCCCAGAGUCGCCAAAUUACCGCAAUUCCAGGACCCCCCGCACUCCCCGGACACCACAGCUCAAAGACUCAAGCCAGACAUCACGGUUUUACCCAGUGGUGAAAGAAGGACGAACACUAGAUGCCAAGAUGCCUCGAAAAAGGAAGACGAGACACAGUUCAAAUCCACCCUUAGAGAGCCAUGUAGGCUGGGUAAUGGAUUCCCGUGAGCACAGGCCCCGGACAGCUUCCAUCAGCUCCAGCCCCUCAGAGGGAACCCCUGCAAUUGGCAGUUAUGGCUGUACCCCUCAGUCGCUGCCCAAGUUCCAGCAUCCUUCCCAUGAGCUGCUCAAGGAAAAUGGCUUCACACAACACGUCUACCACAAGUAUCGUAGGCGCUGCCUUAAUGAGCGGAAACGCUUGGGCAUUGGCCAGUCUCAGGAGAUGAACACUCUUUUCCGCUUCUGGUCCUUCUUCCUUCGAGAUCACUUCAACAAAAAGAUGUAUGAGGAAUUCAAGCAGCUGGCUCUGGAGGAUGCCAAAGAAGGCUACAGAUAUGGUUUGGAGUGCCUUUUUCGAUAUUACAGUUAUGGUCUGGAAAAGAAGUUCCGGUUGGACAUAUUCAAGGAUUUUCAGGAGGAAACCAUGAAGGACUACGAAGCUGGCCAGCUCUAUGGGCUAGAGAAGUUCUGGGCCUUCUUGAAAUAUUCCAAAGCCAAAAAUUUGGACAUUGACCCCAAACUGCAAGAAUACCUCGGCAAAUUCCGACGUCUUGAAGACUUCCGAGUAGAUCCCCCAAUGGGUGAGGAGGGCAACCAUAAGCGACACUCAGUGGUUGCAGGAGGUGGUAGCGGUGAGGGCAGAAAGCGGUGCCCCUCUCAGUCUUCCAACAGGCCAGCCACCAUGAUCAGCCAACCUCUUAUACCACCCACCGGCCAGUCCGUCCGGGAAGAUGCCAAAUGGACAAGCCAGCACUCGGAUACACAGACUUUGGGAAAGUGAAAGCCCCUUGGCCCUGGGAUUUGAGGAGGAAAGGGGUGGGGUGGGCAAGAGUCCAUGGGGGUGCCCAGUCCCAGGAGAGGGGAUAGAAAAGGGACCGGCCUGGGGUUAUUAGGACAGGCCUUUGUGCUGAGUAGCAGUGUAUGUACACCAUUUGGGCUAUGAGAGGUACCCCUGGGCAGGAGCCUCCACAUAUCCCUUUCCCCCUCCUCUCUCCAUGACUCUUCAUAUCCUAGCUUCUUCUCAGGGGGGAGGGAAGGGGGGAGAUUUUUUAUAUAUAUAUAUAUAUACACACACACACAUAUAUAUAUAUAUCAAGUUUUAAAUUAUUGAUAGUUCGUCUGGAUUACCAAAAUCACUCUGCAGCCCUGCCCGUGGCUGGUAGGUCGUAACCCUGAUCCCUACCCACAGCUGCCUCCUGCUCCCUUUCAAGCCAACUAUGCAGCCCACAAGAAGGCCCUGAGGGCCCCAUUGCCCAGCACUGUCCCAUGGGAGGCUCCGGUGGUGCUCCUAGGCCCAGGAGCACCAGCCCCUUGGUUACCUGGGGUUUGUCAUCAUCACCAUGUUCUCUCCCUGCUGUCCCCACCAUGCCCUUCUGCCAUUGUCUGGGAGAAGGAAACCAAAGGAUCUAAAAGCGGGGGUUGGGGGGAGGUUUUAGCCUCUCCCUGCUCCCCUUUCCCCACACCCUUUACUCCCCAGCCCAGAGAGACGCUGCUCAUACCAGAAAAGACUAUUGAAAGAUGAUUUAUUUUAUUUUUCUCUGACCUUUCCAUCCUUGGGAAAAUGGAAAAAAAAAGAUAAAAUUGACCAUAAAAGAC